GUUUGUUUACAUAGUCAAACGGAACGAGGUGAUUUAUGUGUGUACACCGAUUUUAUAUUUGUAUAUGAAUGGAUUCAACCUUUAACCCGUGAAACACUUUACAGUUCAACAUGUUUUUGAUAUUUGUGUAUGGAACAUUAAAAACCGGUGAACCAAACUAUAAUCUGAUGAAAGAUGAAACAUCCGGUGUGUGCAGACGACUAGGUACCGUUUACACCAAAGAAAAAUACCCGCUGGUUGUAGCGUCGAGAUAUAAUGUUCCAUUUUUGCUGUACACACCAGGAACAGGGCAUAAUGUUCAAGGAGAACUGUAUGAAGUAGAUGAUGCCCAGUUAAAACGACUUGAUAAACUUGAAAAUCAUCCGAAUUUGUAUGUCCGUAAAGAUGUGAUCUUGACAAAGGGAAAUGACGAUUCAAAUUCAGAGGAAGAUAUCCAUGCUCAAGCUUAUUUUUUAGUUAAUUAUAGACCUUCUUUAUUAGAUUUACCAAUGCUGGACAGUUAUAAGGACAUGAUUGACGGGAAGGUAUAUGUUAAACACAGCUCUAGAGAUGUACAUGCCCCUAAUUUCUACUAUGAAGUGCACACAGACUACGAAAAAGACAUAUAGAUCUAAUUUACUUUACGCUAUCAGAACUUUUGUUUCAAACGUUCAAAAUUGAAUAUAAUCAGUAUUCUGUAUGUUUAUGGUGUUUGAUUUUGCCUCGUUAACAUGUUAUUUCAAGAAGCAUGUUAUUAUGUUUAGAAAUACUACUCACAUGUUAUCAUGCGUAUUGAUCAAUGUCUGCAUGACUAAGCACAUUUUAAUAAAAUAAAAGUUUAUCACGCUG